GUAACAAAGACAACAAACAAAGAGAAGCUCAAAGGAGAACGACAGAUAUGUGACAACUUGCUCAGAGGUGUAAAACCUGUUCCUUUAACCAGUGUAUUAAAUACAUAGAACGCUCUGGCAGGAAAUAUUGUUGAGCCUCUGAGAACUCUGAGGCUGACUGCAUUUAAAAAAAAAAAAGAAGUCUGUUUUGUCAUGUGUGUUUCCACACCAAAGUCAUAGAAUGGAUUGGUAGUUUAAUUUUACGUUGCAGUGACAUUAAAUACAUGAAGGCAAGUUGAAGUGUUGAUAAACACACAUUCAAACCAAUUUAACUAAUGGGAGGCUGCAACUGGAGAAAGCUGCAAACCAAAGGAAGGAAAAGGAAGGAAAGUGAACUUUUUGUCAUUGUGACGCAGCACAGCGCUGCACACACAUGAAAUGUGACCUCUGCAUUUUACCCAUCACCAAAGUGGGCAGAGUGUGGUGACCGUGUCAUGCUCAGUGCACCUAAGUGGUAACUUGGCAGCAGGUGGACUUCCAGACCCAGGUCUGCUUCCUUAACCACCAAGCCACCACUGCCCCACUUACUUUCCACAAGUGUCAAUUCAGGUUAGUGGUAAUCCAUACAACCACAAAAAUCUAAAAAAAAGAUUGGGUCACAACAUGUCUCUACAGAUAAUUACUGAGGUAAUAAAUCUUUCACUGUGUUUAUUUACUUGAUUCAUGAUCAUAACACUGUACCGUAUACAGUUGGGUGUGUCUGGUAUUCAUCCUAUCAAUGUCACCUGUCAGUAUCACCCAAGUCACUGAUGCCAGUGAAAUCGUGUUCUUUGGUCUGGAGAGUUCAAGUUUAACUUGGUUUUUAGGAAGAAAUCAGAUGAAAAAGGGCCACACAGACUGUUGUCAACAAAAAGUUGCACAAGCCAGCAUUUGUGAAUCUGGAGAUGUACUGGUAGUAGUACAAAUACGCUGUAUGUUACCUUCAACACAAUUUUCCCACAGGUCAAACUCUAAACAAUUUUCAAAAGUGUAGUUUUGCACAUUUAUAUGUUAUUGUGUAAAUUAAUUAUUGUGUGUGAUAAACAGGCCCACAGUCUAAAUUAAUGUCCUGUUUUUAAAGAGGAAAACAGGAUGAAUUCACUCACAACAACUGUUGAUAAUCAGAACUGAUAAGGAUUUUAUCUGUAAUUCUGCAUCCAAACUGGACUAAUGUAGCAUUUGUUUACAAAUCGACAGUGUUUCUUAUGCAAGAGAUGAAAUUCGAGCUGUUCCAAGAGUGGACGGUGCAGAACAACCAAUCAUCGCAGUCUGCCACACACGUGCACUUUGGCGAGGAGCUCGCUUUGACUAAUCCAACAUGAGAAGGGGCAGAAAACAAAGGCUGGUUAGAGUUUGUAGAAUAGACGGCUGGCAGAGUCAAGAGCUGGCAGCGAACACAAAGCCAACUGGGAAGAGAGUUAAAAGAAACACAGCUCCAGUGGGAAGCACCAGUGAUAUGUUGUUCCUCCUAACGUUUUAGAACUCCUGGAGUCGCCCAAACAUCGCUGUGAAUAACAAACAUGAGCAGUAUUCCCAUCAGUUUGACCUCAAAACUAAGAUACCACCCGGAGGAGUUUAAGAACAGCACAUUCCUUGCAAAAAGUCCAAAUACAAGGUCAUCUCCUAACCAGCUCUACACACACAGGUUCAUCCCAGCAGUCUUUGUUUUCUAAGACACAGAAUAAGGCUUGGCACGUUUCCACACGAAGUCAAAGAAAGACUUCAGCUACAGUUUGUUGUUUUGAACAUUCUAGAGCAUUGACUCACCUAAGAUUUGACAGUCUAUUGAUAUACAAUUUCGGAAGCAACAUCGAAGUCUUUCUAUUAUUACAUUCUGAGCUACAGUGUCCUGUGAUCAUUUGAUUUAUUUGCAUGCGUAGUUGCUAGGUGUUACAUUUCCAUAGAAAAAAAGAUAUAAUCUUGACCUUUUUUUAUUCUAGUAAACAUUCAUCCUUCCUGGUUCAGUCAGCGGACUGUAGGUGUGUACUGGUCGCUCUUACAUGUAACCCGCAAACAGCUUUGUGAAAAAAAUAGACUUAUUGGAGAUGAUUCUUUGCACUGCAUAAGCUUAAGUUAACAAUGGUCUGAACACUGUCGGAUUAUAAAUAUAAAAGAAAGUAAUGCUACAUGUCAAUGGUGUGUUUUUGCUUCAUCGCUGCCAUGAUUAGUGUUAACAAUGCCAAUAGAAAAUCUGUUACUGCUUUUAGUUUUGUUUGCAUGUAGACAACAAUUAGCCAGCAACUGGACAAAAAUGUAUGAGUAAACUCUGUACUGUAGUAAUGACACGCUGUGUCCUACAUCAGGAAUUAAACACAUGGACAUAUUUAUCUAUCUAUCUAUCUAUAUACAGUAUAUAUAUAUAAAUAUAUAUAUAUUAUUAGUCUCAUAACCCAUCAUUUGUGGUGACACGACUGUUUUGAAAUUUAUUUAUUUUCUUUUUUUUUUUAAAUAGUGAACAGUGCACGUCAUGAUACAUUAUUGUGUGUUAUUCAUAUAUUUGCAGUUGCUGAGCAAAUAUCAGCGUUCGUUCUGUCUUUAAUCUCUUCCCAAAACAUUAUGAAGUGUUUAUCUUUGAUUACUCAGAAACAGAGGUGCACAUGAAACACACCAACUGGAAUUUAAACUGAUGAUGUUGUUAAAAAACAAAAAAGCCACCAAAUGCAAACAGCAAGAGAUGUGGGGCAGCGGAUCAGGCUGAAGCAUGACUGUGAUGAGGGGGUGGUAAGAAGAAUCUCGAGGGCUGCCAGGAGCUUAAAGAGGGGUGGUCAACUAAUAGCAUUAGGACUUAAGGAAAAAGAGACUAAGUCAAAACAUGGGCGCUACAAUGAAUGUGGGCAUCAGGGCAUUAGAAGAUGAAUCUCUGAGUUUGUGCUUUCAUCAGAGCUUAACACAGAUAUAGUCUGGAUAAUGGACUGAUGCAACCUUCUCCAUGUUUUACCAAGAUUGGGAAUUUGGGUGUUUGCUUAAAUUUUUUUAAAUGAUUAUAUUUAACUCCAGACUGCAAAAAGGGGUUACUACAGAGUCCAUAUUAAGUCCAGAUUUUGUUUAUUUUAUUUUUCAGUAGAGGCUAGGUUGCAGGCAACAAGCUGUAACAGAGGUGUAGAAAUUCAUAACAUUAAACAAGUAUCGUGAAUGGGAUGUUAACCAAGGAAUAGUUACUCAUUACUAAGUAUAGUACUAGUGUGACAUAUAUAAUAAUACAUUACACAAUUAGUUACUGAGUAAAGCAAUAAUCUCACAGUGUUCUAUUACUGACCAACAAUGGUUAAACCAAGUCCUAGUCAAUAGAGAUAUCUGCAAUCAGUGCACAAACUGAAUCUGGACUUUUUAUGGAAUCUGAUUGCACUUUCUGAGGUGAAAGUUCAGCCUCCAUGUGUCAUUCAGGUCUGAAGUUCAGCAGAAGCUGCCGUCUAACACAAAACAGAGGCAGGGCAGGAAUGAGCAAAGGUAAAGUGCGUCGUUGACAUAAUUUUAGGAGCAUUAACAGUUAAGAUCGGGUGUUGGUGUCCUGAGAAAUGACGGUCUGACAUAAGGAGUGGGUGACUUAAAAACACAACUGAGGAGAUGCUAAUGCCGAGUAGCAGCCUAUGUCAAGAAUGAACACGUGGUCAUAAUAAAAAAAAAAUAUGGUGAAAAGUGUAAUGACAGCCUAUGCCCUGUGGGCAUUAGGUGGACCUGUGGGCCUUCACCAUCUGUAUUUAGGAAGAGACAGCCAUGCUCUGCUGUGGAUAAUAACACUGGGAGGCUUUGGACUUGGCUGGAUCAGAGAGGUCUUACGUAUCCCUGCCUAUGUGGAUGAGGCUAACCAGGAAGCAGACAAUCGGCGGAAACAACCAACUGACAAAUUCCUUCCUCCCAUAAGCCCUUUCAGAUUUGUCGGUCAGGUGUGUGUUGGGAUCUACUUUGGAACCGUGGCUCUGAUCGGACUCAACACGUUCAACUUCUUCUACCUGAUCGUCCUGCCUUUAUGUAUAGGAGCAGGGGUGCAUCUGGUGGCCUCUGUUGGCCAACAGACCUCUGACCUUAACAAAACUUUGAUCGCUUGUAUCCUGACUUCGACAGUGUUCUACGGAAGCACCUUCUCUCCACUUCCUAUUAGCCUGGCUGCCAGUGUCACAGCCUCUCAACACAGAAAAUAUAAACCCCAUCGAAGGACGCAGGAAAGACGAAAACUAGGUCCAAGGCUUCUUUGGCUCGGACUAGCUUUGCUGGCGUUCUCUGCUCCACUGGGUUACUGUAUUUUCCACAACACCACAGUCACUCUCUACUACCUGUCUGACUGUGUGAAAGCUCUGCUGGAUAUUUUCUGGUUCUUGCCCUGGCUCAGAAAUGUUCUGGAGUAUUUUAUUUUGAUGCCCUACCACAUCCUGUGUGCUAUCACUGGGGGUGGGUACUAUGAAGAAGCCUGGAAGAAAGUGUUGGAAAUUAUUCUCAAGGAAUACACCGAGAAAGAAAAGGUGGCUCUCAGGAUAUUGUUCCUGGACACAGAGGCCUCUUUUGCAGAGAUAACUCAAAGAUACAGGGAACUUGCUAAGAAAUGGCAUCCAGACCACAGUCCCAGUCAGGAGGCUGAGGCAAUGUUUAUAAAGAUUCAACAGGCCUAUGAAGUCCUUCAGCAGAGACACAGACCUCGUCCGUUCAAAUAACAACAUUCAAUUCCGUUCAAAGAUAUAACCCGUGGCCAUACAAAAGAAAUGUGACGAUUCUUGACUAAGUGUCUCACACAGGCAUUCAGCUGUCACUGUGAAAACCUAUCGAGAUCCUAACGACUGACAGAGUGACGGAGUGAAAUUGCUGCCACCCUGUGGCCUAGCUUGUGCCAUUACACUAUUGAACUAUUACUCGCUGCAAGAAAAACAAUUUGGUUUUGCAUGAACCGCAUGUUCGGUGACCACAAGACACGCGAAAUUUGUAUUUUACAAAAAAAAAAUCUAGAUUUUUUUCUCCAUCUUCCACCAUCUGACCAUAUGACCCGAAAUUAGGAUUUUACUGAAAAAUUCCCCAAAAAAUAAUUUUCUCAAAAAAUUCUCAAAAUGCUCUAAUUUGAUGAGAAACACGAAGGCGAGAUAGAAUCUUGUAAAAGAUGAGAAGUACUGCUGUGAGAGUGCCCCAAAACUGACCUUGAAUUGUAUUAUGUUUGCCUCUUUUGGGUGGGCUGUAUACGUUUAGCUGCUGAUGGGAUCUGUAGCUUAAUGUAUUCAGCAAUUUUAAGUUUGAUAUUAGUAAUAUGAGUAAUUAAGAGGGCUUUUCUUACAUCUGUAUAAUAACUCUUGAUCCCACCCUAGACGAUUACCAUGCCACAGCCAAAUAGUUGCAAUACUGGUUUAUACAGGUUAUUUUCCAUUUGUCCACCAGGGGGUGCUUCAACACAGGCCCUCUUAUUACAGCAGUUUUAUUUUCUUAAAUAAUGUCCUUAGUUCGACUAUGUUUUUUGCAUAAUGUUUAAAGAAAAUUAGGAAGUAAAUGAUACUUGAAGAUGACGUAAGUGAUUUUACUGUUAGUUGAACAUGAUGAAUGUUCCCGCUGCACUGAACACUACUCAACUCUACAUGUUUGGCAUCAGGGUGACACAUGUAAUGACAUACAGUAUAUAAACCAGUUAAACCAUUAACCCUGUAAAGUAAUUUAUUAAAAAGAGCAAAUCUUUCAAAGGUUAAUUUCAUGAAAUAAUUUUUUUAGAUGUUCAAUUGCUCUAAGCCAAUUUUGGGCUAUUUUUGCUUUUUCUCUAUUAAACGUGAACAUUUAUAUUUUCACAGAUAUUAAACUUUUUGUUUGACUGACUUAUCUGGUUGUGUUCUUUAGGCUUUUUUAAAAUAGUGAUUGGUUGAUUUAAAGUUCUUUAGCCUAUGCCACGAAACAUUUGUUUUUGCUGUGGAGAACUAACUUGUCAGGUGUUGCAUGUCAUUUCUAUACAAAUGUCUUUCUUUAUAAAAUAUAUAAACAUUUUUUAUUCUACACAACACAAAAGACACAGCUGAAAUACCAGGUAGGAAAAAAGAGGAAUUUAAUGUAUAUUAUCUAUAUACACUUUAGAACUAAUUCUGAAAAGAUUCACACCUUGAUGUUGAAGACCUGAAGUCCUGAAGUAAUACAUGUGAACAGGAUGUCUGAUGGUCAUAUACCCAUGGCAACAAACCCAACAUGGACUGGAUGAGUGUUUUUGACAGUUUUGGUUGAACUCAGUCUCCUCCCAGUAAUUCUCCCAACUUUACAUUUCCUGCUACGCUCCGUCUGCUGAACAUUUUCAUAUGUCUACAGUAGCAGCAACAUUUCCGAGGAACAUGAGCGAAAAACCUGAAAGAAGUGGAGGUCGAGUUUGUUCACCUCAGUGCAGAGGAGCCAGUGUUUGACACAGCAUGCAAAAAUGGAACCUAACAUGACAGAUUUCGGUGCAGGUAUUGGACAUAACUAAUAUUCACUAAAGUCCAUGUGGACGUAACAGUACAGAGCCUGAUGUUGACAAAACGGGGACACAAUAGUUCAACAGCCAUGUCAGCAGCCACAUAAAAUGGAGAAAACGUGCAGGGUUUUUUUUUUGUUUUUUUGUUUUACAGUUCUUAAAGAUAUAAAAUUCUGAAUGGCUCUGUUCACCUAUAGAUAUUUGUUUCCUAUGUGCGAAUGCUCAGUGGUUGGCGUCUGAAUGAACAGAAUCUGCAGAAUUCAAGGUUAAGGUUCACACCAUAAUAUUCCAGUGUCAGUGAGAGAGAUGUCACCCUCGGGAGUGUGGAGACAGGUCUGCAUUACUGAGCCCUGAUAACAACUCAAGCAUUUCCAAUAAUAAAAUAAAGAAGAAGAAAAAAAACCAACAGAAUAUGCAGGGAAAUGACCUGGGAUCAGUAGUACCACCAAACGGCCAAGAGGGGUCUAUGAAAAGAAUCAAUUCCAGCAAAGACACAGUCAAAAUUCCUGGCACAGUAGAAAACCAUGCAAACAUUUCUCUCUUUUUCACACACACACACACUCACACACACAUUUCCUGACUGUACCAAAAAAAAAACAAAAAACAAAAAAACAACCAAGAAACAAUCAUCACACUGGUGCUUGUAGUAUAAAAGAAACGAUCGCGGGUUUAUGUACAGGUCAAAUGUACCCAUCAGUAGUGUCUAAUGUCAAAGUCAACAGAAAAACACCUCAUUAAAUUUUUUACACAACAUAAAGUACAUAUA